AUGAUACCAUAUCGUGGUGAUCAAUUUGAUCAUUUCAACAAUGGACAACCUGUUAAUCGACAUGUUGUAUUUUUCCCUCAACAACAACAACAGCAACAUCAACUACAACAACAGCAACAUAUAGGACAACAUCCAUCUAUAAUGUAUAAUGCACCCACUCAUAAUUUUUAUCAACCAUAUCCUGGUAAUUUACCAAUGCAACAACAACAACAACAACAACAACCAAUGAUGUUUGUCCAAUCUCAUCCACGUCUACAACAAUCUUGGAUACUUCAGUCGCCUCCUGGACCACCUAAUACAUCUAUGCAAACAUUUAUUCCAUCACCACCAACAACUUUUCAUCAUAUGCAACCACCCUUACCUCCACCACAACUAUCAUUCAGUAAUGGUACUGGUAUUCCUCAGCCUUCAUUUAGUGGUGGAACUGGUAUUUCACAAACAUCAUUUACUAAUAAUACGAAUAUUUCACAACCAUCAUUUGGCAGUGGUACUGGAAUUCCUCAACCAUCAUUUAGUGGUGGUACAGCUUUAUUAAAAAGAAAAAGUCAUUAUCUUGAAGAAUCGGAUUUCGAUGUACCAUCAAAUUAUGACAAUGAAAAUACAAAAGAACUUCCAUCUUUAAUGAGUCUCUCGUCACAAACAUUUCGUAAUAAUCAACAACAACAGCAACCACAACAUCAUUUUCAAUCAACAAAUCCUAGAUUACGAUUUCCACCAGCACCUCCAUCAGAACCAUUUAAUCCACAGCUUUCUAAUUCUCAAUGGGUGAACAGUGAUCGUAAUACAUAUCCUAUAAAUUCUCAAACAACUCAUUCUAAUUCAAAUGAACAACAAGUAUUAACUAGUCAACUUUUUCAAAAACAUCAACUUAUAUCAAUAGAUACACUUCUUAAAGAACCUGGGCGAUCACAACGACCAUCACAAAUUAUUGUUUUUCUUCGUGGUUUACCUGGUUCUGGUAAAUCAUAUGUUGCUGAUUUAAUUAAAAAUGAAGAAGAAUUUCAAUCAAAAGGUACCAAUAAACCAAAAAUUUUUUCAAUUGAUAAUUAUUUUCUAACUGAAAAUCAACAAGAAACUAAAGAUCCUAAAACAGGCAAAAUUACAAAAUCAUCUAUAAUGGAAUAUGAAUAUGAUGUAAAAAUGGAAGAAACAUAUCGAAAAAGUUUAAUAAAACUUGUUAAAAAAUCAAUAGAUGAUCGUUUUUAUCCAUUUUUAAUUAUUGAUCAAAAUAAUGAACAAUUAGCACAUUUUCGAGAUAUGGCAGAUUAUGCCGAAGCUAAUCAAUUUCAAGUUUAUUUUGUUGAAUUAAAUAAUGAUUCAGAAUCAUGUGUACAACGAAAUAUUCAUAAACGAACUUUAUCCGAUAUUCAACAAGUAAUUUUUUU